AUGCAAGAAUUUGCAAAGGAAAUGGGGUUCAAAUUGUUAACAUCCACACCCUAUUAUGCUCAAGCCAAUGGGCAAGUUGAAGCAGCCAACAAAGUGAUAAUUGGGCUAAUCAAGAAGCAUGUAGGGAAAAAGCCAAAAAAUUGGCACAAAACUUUAGACCAAGCACUCUGGGCUUGUCGAACCUCCCCUAAAGAAGCCACUAACACUACACCUUUCCAGCUUACAUUUGGACAUGAUGCAGUACUACCUGUCGAAGUCUACUUACAAUCAGUAAGAAUCCAAAGACAAGGAGAAAUCCCAUCUGACUUAUAUUGGGAAAUGAUGAUAAAUGAGCUGGUGGAUUUGGACGAAGAAAGGUUACGUGCGUUAGAAGUAUUAAGAAGACAGAAGGAGAUGGUAGCAAGGGCAUACAAUAAGAGGUUCAAAGGUAAGGCCUUUACUACGAAUGAUUUAGUGUGGAAAGUCAUAUUGCCUAUGGAUCGAAAGAAUAAGGCAUUAGGAAAAUGGUCUCCACAUCGGGAAGGACCUUUUCGAAUUCUAAAAGCCUUUUCAAACAAUGCAUACGAAAUAGAAGAACUAGCAAAGGAUCGAAGAAUCCUAAAAGUAAAUGGAAAAUACUUAAAGAAGUAUAAACCAUUUAUGCACGAAGUUAGAAUCAUAACAGCAUAG